GCUAGUUUAUUAAUUGCUGCGUCAUUCACUAGUUUGACAGGGGUUGGUGGUUUGUAGCGACUCGUUAAUAAAACCGACUGCAAAGAAAAGUGAGCGGGAGUCAUUUUGUGUUCGAGAGGCUUAAUUAACAUGAAUGUUACGUGGUGUUAGCAUUAUAGUCUGCGGAGGAGAGAACAAACUAGUCUCCUGUUUGUUCCGUCGACCUGCCCGAGUCAUGUAAGUUGGUAGGUGAAACAACAACAAUGGCGAGCACGGAUAUUGUUUAUGAGCAGGUUCACUUCAGACAUGACCCAAAGUGGAGCGUCCGCCUGCGGGCUGCUGAGGGCGGCGGGCUGCUGCUCUGUGUGGCCUGUGCUAUUGAAAUGAUGGAGACGGAAGAAAUGGCCUCGGUGAGGAAAUGUUUUGCCUUGUCGAGUAUAAGUGGCAUCCUGAAGAGCUCUGCAGGGGCCUUGAGAGAGCUGUUUCGACAGGACCACAGAGUCACUCUGCAUUUUAUUACCACAUUAUUAGGUAUGCUUCAAACUGAGGAGAACCCAGUCACGGUGGAAAAGGUUGACCAAGUGCUGGUUCAGCUGCUCCUCGAGUUUCAGAAUGAGCUGCCAUUUCACUUUGUUCUGGAUGAGGUCCACAAACAGCUGAACGGCCAGGUCAGUGUGAAGCGUCUCCUGCCGACGUUCAACUUCCUGGGGAACCUUGUGAAGACGGUGCCCAACGUGGCUCACAGCUUUAUUACUCAGUACGUUCCCCUGCUGGAUCACCUGUGCUCAGCUUUGGGAUAUCCAAACGAAGCACUGAAGACUUCAGUAGUGCAUGUUUGGCUGCAGCUGAUGCAGACAUCUGGAGACGCCGGGAUGCAGUACCUGCCCGUUGCCACUAGGGACAGAUUAUGCACCCUGCUGCUGCAGACGUUUAGCAACGCUAGCUCAGCGCAGCUCAUUAAAAACUGUGCAGGCCUGCUCUGGCAGCUGGUCAAGUAUGAAGAAGCCGUGUCGGUUCUGAUGAGCAGCUCCGGCGGUCCGCUCAUGUGCGACGCGAAUGAGGACAUCCUCACCAACAACAGCCAGGCCCUCAUGCAAGACCAAGAGCAACAGCCUGCUGACCACAGCCUACUGCCUCUCCUGUUGAAAAAGUUGCUACUGAGCGGUGAUGAGAUGCUGCAAGUGACCAGUGCGAAGUGCAUCGCUGCCAUUUUGGUUCAUUCUCCCACUCAGUACUGCGCUCUCUGCAUCAAGGCUGAUUUACCAGGUUUUCUCUUUGACCGUCUGGCCAGCAGCAGCAGUGAGAUGCUGCUGUGGUCCAUCUACAGCUGUUUGGUCUUACUGACUGAGGAGCCGCUUUUCUUCUCCCAAUGCCACUCUGUAUAUGGGAUCGAGUCCCUGGUGCGCAGUCUUAAGGAGGCUUUGCAGCUGAGCAAUCUGGAAGCACCAAAACAAGGUUUUCUGCUCCUCACCGAAAUACUUCAAAGACAGCCUCCAGGCGUACAUCUGUUCCCCAGUGCUUCAGGGUUUGUGUCAGUGUCAGAGGCGGUAAAAGCCGGCAUCUCCUCCUCCUGCCUGCUGGUCGCCGCACAGGCUGUCAAAGCUGCAACCGCUUUGUUCAGACUCAACCAUCAGUCCAGACCAGUCCAGUACCAAGAGCUGGAGGAACUGGUGGAGGCCAUCACCAGCAGGUUCCCUGAGCUGAUUCUGACUUCCCCUUCUCAUCGACGCAGCAUGGGAAACAAACAAAGUUCGGAUUCCAGCAGCCAGACCUUUCGGUCCAAAGGAUUUCUGCUCCAAGCUCUGAUCUGUUUCCAGGCAGCCUGCAGGCUCGCAGAGGAGUGUGCGUCAGAGCCGGCUCUGACGAAGAACCCGUUCACAGCCCCGUAUAAACACAGCGGCGCUCAGGAUCCACUGGAGUCCGUCUGCCAGUGUCUGCUGCGCUGCUGCGACUCUGUGUGGAUACCAACCGUGCUGAGGACAUGCGAUGGUCCGCCGAGCGCCCAGAUUCUGGAGUCGCUCUACUCCAUCCUUUGCUCGCAGUUUGUCCUUCUUCCAUCUCUGAUGCCACAGUUUGCAAAAAAACUGGUGUCUUCUGGUUUCUAUCGGCUGGCAGUGGAGCACAGCCUCUGUGCAGGAAACAGGAACCCAAAUCUGAACGCAACUUGCUGUGGCUUUCUGCAGAAACUAAGCAUGUGUCUACUCUUCCAGUCAGACCCUCCCUGUGGCUCCAGUCAUGAUUUUGAGGAGGUGGAAACUCUUCUGCAGUGCAACCUUUCCUCUCUGUGCUGUCACCUGUCAGACUGGCCGUCUCUGCUGUGUGAAUAUCAAGAACCGGCCGCCCAGUACUGCCUGGUGAUGAUGCUCUACCUGGCUCUGAAGCAAGGAGACAGGCUGCUCCCAGACCAGGCCGUGUUCUCCAGUGUGGUGGUGCUGCUGCAGUCGGUGCAGGAGCAAGGCGACUGCGUCCUUCCCCGCUCUGUUCUCCGCUCUGCCCUCUACUUGCUGGCAGUGACCCAAGACAGGAGCCCGAGUCUCGACGGGGCUCAUCUGAACUGCGUUAGCAAAGCGCUGUCGUCCUGCCAGAGCUUCGCCUCCCUCUACAGCCACCACCCUGCACUGCUCCACUUCAUCUGGCGCUAUCCAGAGCUAGCGCAGAAGUUUGGAGCCCUGGUCUUAGAGCUCUGGUUGGCCAAGAAAUCGCAGACAGGAGCAAGGCAGGACCUGGCAGGUGUGCAGGAGAGUAAUGUAAACACAGGAAGCCAAACACAUCAGCAGGAGCAGAAUGAGGAACCAGACUGGGAAACCUCAGAGCUGCUGGCUCUGAUGGAGAAAUACCCAAAUGUGAUGCUGACCCUUUUGGACAUGGUUGUUCGCGGAGAAGCUCCUGUUGCAGAACAUGUCCUGCAUGUGCUAAAGGUUGUUUUGCUUGGACAAAGAGAGUUUGCAACAGAUUGUGCACAAGUCUUAGGCCAGCCCUGCUGCAGGCUUUGCAGUGGAUCAGCGUGGACAACGUGGCUAAUGGACCGGGACAACGUCACGCUGCAGCAG